UGUGGUUUCUAUUUGAAUAAGAUUUGCGUACCUCUUUAGGUUUUUCGUUUAAUUCAAAUUUAGUCAAUUUAACACCAAAAGUAUGGAACAGGAACACGAAGUUCAAGAGGACUCUGGGGAAGUCUUCGCUUUCCAGGCAGAGAUUGCACAGUUGAUGAGCUUGAUCAUCAACACUUUCUACAGCAACAAAGAAAUCUUUCUUCGAGAAUUGAUUUCUAAUGCAUCAGAUGCCUUGGACAAGAUCCGAUAUGAAAGCUUGACAGAUCCCAGCAAACUUGACAGUGGCAAAGAAUUGAAAAUUGAAAUUAUCCCAAACAAAGACGAUUACACCCUUACACUUAUUGACACUGGUGUGGGAAUGACAAAAUCUGACCUAAUUAACAACCUUGGUACAAUCGCAAAAUCUGGUACCAAAGCAUUCAUGGAGGCUCUUCAGGAAGAUGACGACAAACCUAAAGUAGAAGAUCUUGAUGAAGAAGGUGAGGAAGCAAAGGAUGACAAGAAGAAGACAAAGAAGAUCAAGGAAAAAUACACCGAACUUGAAGAGUUGAACAAAACUAAACCAUUGUGGACACGAAACCCUGAUGAUAUCUCCCAAGAUGAAUAUGGCGAGUUCUAUAAAAGUUUAUCAAAUGAUUGGGAAGAUCAUCUUGCUGUGAAGCAUUUCUCAGUGGAAGGUCAACUAGAGUUCCGAGCCUUGUUGUUCGUACCAAAGCGUGCUCCAUUCGAUUUAUUCGAGAACCGAAAAAUGAAGAAUAAUAUUAAGUUGUACGUAAGGAGAGUUUUCAUCAUGGACAACUGUGAGGAUCUUAUCCCAGAAUACUUGAACUUCGUUAAAGGAGUGGUCGACAGUGAAGAUCUUCCCUUGAACAUCUCUCGUGAAACUCUUCAACAAUCCAAGAUCCUCAAGGUGAUCAGGAAGAACAUCGUGAAGAAGUGCGUGGAGUUGAUUGGUGAGAUUGCCGAGGACAAAGAGCAAUACAAGAAGUUCUACGAGCAAUUCGGGAAGAACCUUAAGCUUGGAAUCCACGAAGAUUCACAAAACCGAAAGAAGUUGGCUGGGUUCCUUCAAUAUCACUCAUCACAAUCAGGUGACGAGAUGACAUCGUUGGAAAAUUACGUCACUCGCAUGAAGGAAAACCAGAAGGAUAUUUAUUAUAUCACUGGUGAAUCAAGAGACCAGGUUUCUAACUCUGCUUUUGUUGAGAGAGUUACAAAACGUGGGUUCGAAGUCCUUUAUAUGGUUGAACCAAUUGAUGAAUACUGUGUACAACAACUUAAGGAAUUUGACGGCAAGAACUUGGUUUCGAUCACGAAGGAAGGUCUUGAACUUCCCGAAGAUGAAGAUGACAAGAAGAAGUUCGAAGAAGCAAAAGCAAAGUUCGAAAAUCUUUGCAAAGUCGUCAAGGAAAUUCUUGACAAGAAAGUGGAAAAGGUUGUUGUUUCGAACCGUCUUGUCCAAUCCCCUUGCUGUAUUGUGACAUCACAAUAUGGUUGGUCAGCAAACAUGGAGAGGAUCAUGAAGGCUCAAGCACUUCGCGAUACAUCAACCAUGGGCUACAUGGCAGCGAAGAAACAUUUAGAAAUCAACCCAGACCAUUCUAUUAUGGAACAACUCCGACAAAAAGCUGAAGCUGAUAAGAAUGACAAAUCUGUGAAAGAUCUCGUCAUGCUGUUGUACGAAACCUCCCUGCUUGCUUCGGGAUUCUCAUUGGAAGAUCCAUCAACACACGCAACUCGUAUUCAUAGAAUGAUCAAACUUGGUUUGGGCAUUGAUGAAGUUGAUGGUGAAGAGACGACAGCUGCCGAGGAAAUCGAUGACAUGCCACCAUUAGAGGGCGAUGGAGAUGAUGAUGCAUCGAGAAUGGAAGAAGUUGAUUAAACGAUACACUCUCAAAGUUUUUCAACAAAAUUUGCAAAGUGUCGCUUCAGGACUUCAAACUACAACUUGCAACUGAAGUGAAAGCCAAACGUCAUAUAAUAGUUCAACUUGUAGACAGUAACAAAACUUUAAUCCCAUUCUUAAUGUUUCUUUUCGUUCUUGCUGUUUCUUGUACACCUGUAGUAAUUGGAUUGCUUUUUGUAAUAAUUGUGACCAUUAAAAAUAAAUUACAUUCAAUGUA